GUGCAGUACGUGCCUGGGUCCGGGUGGAGUGUCUCGGUGCAGGAUUAGUCCACACACCCAGUCCCAGAGGCGGAUGUGUGUGUGUGUUGGCACGGUGACGAACUCCCCACCUCCCCUCUGCUCAGUAUAUCAGGCAGGACGUGUGCCCACAGCAGCUUAGUCCUGGAGUGAGGCCUGUCAGUCCUCAGGAUGUAUCUACUCCUACCAUCUCUGCUCCUUUUCCACAUCGUCGUGCUGGUGAUACUGUAUACGGCCACGAUCAGCAACGCGUGGUUCCAUUUUCACAACGGCAACGUCUCCGGUCUCUGGUUCCACUGUGCAUACAGUGAGAGGGAUUCGCAGUGGGCUUGCAGCAGCACCAAGGUCUCCACAGAGUGGCUUGGCGCAGUGCAAGGUUCGAUGGUGCUCGUCUGUCUCUUCUGCAGUGCUUCCUUCCUCAUCUUCGCCUGUCAACUCUACAGCCUCAGGAGAGGCAGCCUCUUCUACCUCACCGCCAUCUUCCAGAUCUUUGCAGGUCUCUGUGCAGCCUCAGCCUCCUUGAUGUACACCCUCCACACAGAGGAUAUCCAUCACUCAGCUGAGGGAGUUUUUGGCUACAGCUAUGCACUCUCCUGGGUGGGCUGCCCCCUUACCCUGGCCAGUGGGAUAAUGUACCUUCACCUUCGCAAGCUGCAGUGAGUGAGGGAGAGGACUGCAAGGGGAGGGGGGGGACAAGAGUUGGAAGGAGGAGCCUGGGUUGUGAGGGAGUGCCUCAGUAUCCAGGAAGAGGAAUGAGAGGGGGGAUCUCUUGAAAUCUAUCAAAUAUUGCAAGGCCGAGAUAGAGUGGAUGUGGAGAGGACGUAUCCUUUGGUGUGCGAGUCUAGGACGAGAGGGCACAUUCUCAGAAUACAGGUAUGUCCAUAUAGAACCAAGAGGAAGAGGAAUUUCUUUAGCCAGAGGGACUGAAUUUGUGGAAUUCAUUGCUACAGACUACUGUGGAGGCUGCCAUUGGGUAUAUUUAAAGAAGGGCUGAUAGGUUCUUGAUUAGUAAGGACGUCAAAGAUUACGAUGAAAAGGCAGGAAAUGGGGUUGAGAGGGAUAAUAAAUCAGCGCGGACUCAAUGGACGGAAUGGCCUAAUUCUGCUCUUAUGUCUCAUGGUCUCAUCAGGAACGCCAGGGGGAUUUUAAUUAGCUGAGGAAGGUGGGCAGAGGAAUGGCAAAUGCAGUUUAAUUGUGAUCAUUAUGAGGGGUUGCGUUUCGGGAAGACAAUCCAUGACAGGAUUUUCAAAAUGACCGGCAGGAGUAUUGUGUUCAGUUCUGGUCACCCUGCUGUAGGAAAGAUGCCACUGAGCUGGAGAGAGGGCAGUGGAGAUUUACCAGGAUGUUGCUGGGACCUGAGGGACUGAGUUAUGGAGAGAGGUUGGACAGGUUGGAACUUUACUCCUUGGGGCAUAGGAGACUGAGGGGUGACCUUACAGAGGCAUAUAAAACCACAAGGGGCACAGGUAGGGUGAAUGUGUACAGUCUUUCCCCCAGGGUUGGGCAAUCAAGAACCAGAGGGAACAGGUUUAAGGGGAGAGAGAUUUAAUAGGAACCCGAGGGUAACUUUUUCACCCAGAGGGUGGUCCGUCUAUGGACCGAGCUGCCAGAGGAAGUGGUUGAGGCAGGAACAUUAACGGCAUUUAAAAGGCACUUGGAUAGGUACACUGAGGUGUAGGGGCAGUCUGCAGGACACUGGGAGUAGCUGGGUGGGCAAUGUGGGGUAGUAAAGACAGGACAGGUUAAAGGGACUAUGUACGCUGGGAGGGAAGGGUUUUACAGACGAGGACAGGACACAGUCAGCCAGCAUAAACUGGACAGUCUGAAUGGCCUGAUUUUGUGCACCCAGAGCAUGCAACCUUCCCAGAACGUCACCAACCAGGAAUCUGCCUCGGUUUUCCGAUAGGACCAGUAUAACAUGAAUGGGCCUUGCUCCCCUCCCAUUCCACUGGUCAGAAGCACCCCCCAGUGGAUUGGAACAUAACCAUGCCCCCCUUUCUCCCACAUUGUUCCCCAACCCUCCCCCUCACCCCCUGUACAUA